AUGGCACCCCACACUCGCAACCAAGGGAACCUCCACGAGAACGAGAAUAGCGAAAAUGUGGGAAACCCGACGCCAAACGGAAACCCCGAGACUUUGACCGCAUUGGCUGCUCAACUGGUGGACCUACUGAAGAUGGGUGCAAAUGCUAACCGAGAGGUGAGACAGAAUGAAGAAGAACAACGGGGUUGUAAUUUUGAACAAUUCAAUAAGCAACACCCCCCUAGUUAUGAAGGACUUCCGGAUGCGGUGGCUGCAGAGAACUGGGUAUUGCAGAUGGAGAAGCUAAUGGAGGUUAUGUGUUGUACGAAUGAACAGAUGGUCAGUUAUGCUACUUUCAAGUUAACAGCUGAAGCAGAACUUCGGCUGGCUAAGGCACAAGAAUUUACAGACCUGGUGCAAGGGUCGUCGACAGUGGAGCAAUAUGCAGCAAGGUCCAUAGAACUAUCACGGUUCGCGCCCUACUUAGUACCCACGGAAGACCUAAAGGCAAGAAAGUUCAAAAGGGGUUUACAGCCAAGGAUCAUGAAUCAGGUGGUUGCAUUCGAAAUUGGAAAUCUAACGGAACUUGUCAACAAAGCGGCGGUGGUGGAGCGGACACUGAAUAUCAAUGCAGAGCACUUCAACCAUAGAAAGAGGAGUGCUCCACAAGAGAGUCGUUAUGGUGGAAAUUCCCAUGAUCACAACAAAAGAAGAUUCAACCCAACGGGUGGAAGAAACACGGCUCAUCAGCAGCCCCAUCAUCAGGGAGGAGGUGGACAACGCCCUAUAUGCCAGACUUGUGGGAAAAUGCAUUAUGGGAGAUGCCGACUCGGACAGCCGGGUUGUUAUCGGUGUGGUGGACCAGGACACCUCGCUAAGGAUUGCAGGGCCCCUGCCAAUAAUCCAACCAAUCAGAAUCGCCCAGUGGAACAACGGAAUACUGCGCCUACACGUGUAUAUGCCCUGACUCUAGGUGAUGCUGCUGCGUUAAACGAAGUAGUGACAGGUACACUUUUGAUUUCAUUCAGCCAGGCUACUGUGCUCUUUGACUCUGGUGCAACGCAUUCAUUUGUGUCAUACUCUUUUUCCCGAGACUGUAAUUUGAUGUCUGAAUGGUUGGAUGUAGACCUAGCAAUAGCUACCCCUGUAGGGAAAACUGUAGUGUGUACUUCCGUAGUUAGAAACUGCCCUAUUUCCGUACAAGGACAUGUCAUGCCGGCUAACCUUGUUAUUUUUGAGAUGAGCGGGUUUGACGUGAUCCUAGGUAUAGAUUGGUUUUCCAUUUAUCAUGCUUGUGUCGAUUGUUUUUGCAAGGAAGUAGUGUUCAGACCACCAGGAGCAGCAGAAUUCAAAAUUCAAGGGAAUAGGGGUUUUAACUUACCCAAGCUAGUAUCAGCAAUGCAAGCGACUCGGCUUUUGAAGCAAGGGUGUUCGGGAUUCUUGGCGUGUGUGACAAAAGAAGCACCAGAAGCAAUGCUCGAGGGGAUACCUAUCGUGCGGGAUUUUAUGGAUGUGUUUCCGGAGGAACUACCUGGGUUACCUCCCUACAGAGAGAUCGAGUUUACAAUAGACUUAUUACCGGUCACGGGACCUAUAUCCAAGGCACCGUACCGGAUGGCACCACUCGAACUGAGAGAGUUGAAAGAGCAGUUGCAAGAACUCCUAGACAGAGGAUUCAUUCGCCCAAGUGUAUCUCCUUGGGGAGCGCCCGUUUUAUUUGUGAAGAAAAAGGAUGGAUCGAUGAGGUUGUGUAUCGACUAUAGGGAAUUGAACAAGAUAACCGUCAAGAACAAAUACCCGCUACCAAGAAUUGAUGACCUUUUUGAUCAAUUACACGGUUCCCAAGUAUUCUCUAAGAUCGACCUAAGGUCCGGAUACCAUCAACUCAAGAUUAAGGAAAAAGAUAUCCAAAAAACAGCAUUCAGAACGCGUUACGGGCACUACGAGUUCCUGGUGAUGCCGUUCGGACUAACCAAUGCGCCAGCCGCAUUCAUGGACAUGAUGAAUCGAACCUUUCGAGAACUCGUUGAUAGGUGUGUGGUGGUAUUUAUUGAUGAUAUAUUAAUUUAUUCGAAGAGUCGAGAUAUUGAGUAUCUUGAGGAAACAUAA